GGGGUGUGGCCCCCUCUAUAUAACCUGCUGGGUGCCCCACCAGGUCAACCACUUGUGACCUGUACACCAUGCUGCGACCAGCUCUUGCCUUCCUGUUGUUCGCCGUCGUCAUGGCGGUGGUCUCUGCCGAAGACGAGAAGACGAAAGGAGCUGAUGACGACCUCCAGAGGUCCGAGACCUUCUGGGGAGGCUACGGCGGACGAGGAUGGGGAGGAGGAUAUGGUGGAUAUGGUGGACUUGGAAGUGGAGGAUAUGGCGGUUAUGGUGGAAGAGGAUAUAGCGGAUAUGGCGGAUAUGGAGGAUAUGGAGGCUACGGUGGAUAUGGUGGAUAUGGAGGAGGAUACGGUGGAUACGGCGGAUAUGGAGGAGGAUACGGUGGCGGUUAUGGUGGAUAUGGCGGAUACGGUGGAUACGGAGGACGAGGAUGGGGCCGAGGCUAUGGUGGACAUGGAUACUGGGGUUGAACACCCUAACUGAUCUCACCCCAACUCUUCAACGAUCCAGCUUUAACCAUGUGAUAAUUUGUGUGACCAAUGUGCAAUGUAAAGUAUUUCUACACUUUCUAAAAUAAAUUAAAUUAAAAUCA